UAUAUAUAAGAUCUUGUCAAAAUUGUUUACAUAAAAUUGUGGGGAUUAUAAGUUAUUUAUUACGACUGAAGUAUCGAGACAGCAUAGUCAGUUUUCGGUGUUCUCUGAGAAUGGUAUCUGAAAUAGAAACAGGAAUGUUUUUCUUAACACUAUUGUUGAACAGCGGCUUAUUAUUUAUUGACGCUUCUGCUGCCAACAAAAAUUUGAGAAAUGAUUGCGGCAUUGAACCUAAUUAUCGUUUGCCAAACCAUGUAAUACCGGAGAUGUAUUACGUUAAAUUAUGGAGACCUAACGAAAUAGGCAAUCGAAUCUUUUUUUACUCCAACGAAAUUAAGAUUAAGAUAAAUAUCCUUGAGCCAACGCAAAAUAUAAGUUUACAUGCGCAUCACUACUUAAAAAUUCGUUAUUUCGCACUGACGAAAAAAAGUAAUAGGAACGUUUACAAACUAUUAAAAUAUGAAUAUUGCAAUAAAACGGAAAUUAUGACUUUUUAUUUGGAAAUUACAUUGAGAGAAGGGAAAUAUUUUUUGGAUUUAAAUUUCAAUAAUAAUUUAAUGAUGGAUGAUGUCUUCUUCUCGUCUUAUAUAAAAGAAGGAGGAAAAAAUGGGACGUUGCUUGUCUCAUAUUUCAAGACAAUUGGAGCUCGACGAAUAUUUCCAUGUUGGGACGAGCCAAAAUUUACGGCCGCCUUUCGCAUUUCAGUAUGCCAUGAUAAAAAUUAUUUGGUUGAAUCGAAUAUAAUGCUACGCAGACAGUAUUCAGAGGAUAAUAACACAAGAUGGUUAUGGUCAGUCUUCGAAACUACUCCUAAAAUACCCACUUAUCUCCUAGCAGUUAUGUAUUCCGAUCUUGGCGAAACGUAUAUAAGGAAUACUCCCUAUGUAUGGCGUAGAAAACUUUUAGACCAAUACAUACAAUUUGGACGAGAUGUUAUUACGAAGGUCACAGAACAUUUUUUUUCCCAUAUGAUGUUUUUUUGCCAACAAUUCGAUAUAAAUUGCGAUAUGGAACCAACCGUACGGCAUAUUCUAAUCCCGGGUUAUCAAUACGAUGACAUAGACAGUAAUAGGAGGCUCGUUUUUUAUAGAGAAAUAGAUUUCAUAUAUGAUGAAGAAAUAGAUCCUGUUGCUCAUAAAACAAAAGUAGCGUAUUUAAUAGCACGUAAAUUGGCGCACCAAUGGUUUUGUAAUCUGGUCAGUCCAUCUUGGUGGUCUGACCUCUGGCUGAAUGAAGGUGUUGCUACAAUAUUCGCAAUAGAUGCUGUCGACAAGAUUCUCAUAAAUUCCCAGAUGUUGGAUUUAUUCGUGGUACAAAUCCAACAUGAUUCUCUUUAUUUGGAUAGUUCUCACUAUCAGUUUAUGCUGCCUCUUAUAUCACGGAUUAAUAAUAUGUCAGAAAUUAAAUCACUUUCUUUUUCCCGUUACAUUAAAGCACCUGCAAUAAUGCGCAUGUUACAACAUAUACUAACAACGGAGGUAUUUCAAAAAGGUUUCAACAUAUAUCUACGUAGAAACAUGCAUAAAUCGGCAACUCUCGACGAUUUCUGGACCGCCAUGCAAACUGCAUUAAAUGCAUCAUCAUUUAAAAGACAUGUUUCAUUUAAUGUAUCAGAAAGAAUGGAUGCUUGGUUAAAAUGUCGACAUUAUCCUGUUAUAAAUGUAACACAAGAAAGUCCUACAAAUAUAACAGUAUCGCUAACAGAAUCUUCUAUGAGUUCUUGGUGGAUACCUGUAAGCAUUACUACUGAGACUAAAUCCAAUUUUGACGAAGCUCUUGGCGAACAGUGGAUACCUCCGCACAAUUUUAAUUGCACAUUUUCCUUGCCAUAUGAGGAAAAUGGUUGGAUCAUAGCCAAUUUAAAACAAGCUGGAUAUUAUCGCGUCUAUUAUGAUUAUGAGAAUUGGCAAAAAAUUGCGAAUUAUCUGAAUUCUUCAAACUAUUCAAAUAUACAUGUUCUAAAUCGUGCUCAAAUUAUCGAUGAUGCAUUUUAUUUUAUCACAAUAAAAAAGCUUAGACCCGCUAUAUUUUGGGAACUCGCGAACUAUCUAUCGCGAGAAAAAGAAUACAUAGCAUGGUAUCCUAUGAUCAAAGCGAUUGAACGUAUGUCGAGUAUCUUCCCAUUUCCAAGAUUACGUAACAUCAAGAUGAAAUUGAGGAAUAUACUGAGUAAGCUUCUUACGGAAAUAAAAUACGUCGAAAGUUCUGAUGAUAGUGAUAAUAUGAAAUCUUUAAGGCAAGAAAGUGUCAAAUGGGCAUGCAUUCUCGAUCUUGACGAAUGUAUCUCUAUGGCCGAACAGACAUUUGAUCGGCAUCUGUUAAAUCCUAAAGAGCAUAAAAUUUUGCCAUCAUGGAAAGAAUGGACAUACUGUAAUUGUCUUAAGGGGGCAAAAAGUAAUGUACUUUGGCCAAAAGUAUUUCAUUUAUGGCAAACUACACAUGAUAAUAAUAUUUUGAAAUUCUUAACUUGCACUGAAAUGAAAACAGUGAUUGAACUGCUUCUUUCGACAAUCAAGGAAGAACAUAUAAUUCUCAAAUUUAGUGUUAAAGACCGUAUUAAUCUUUAUUUUAUUUUUAUUGCAAAACAUAUAAAGAAUAAUGAAAUAUUAGAGACGUUUGAAACUUUCAAACCGAGGGAAAUCAGUACGACUGCAGCAUUAAUUCACAUCAUUAAUCAUGUGUAUUUUAAGGGUCAACUUGAGAAGAUAAGGACAUUUGUGAACAAGAACAUAAAACAAAAUUCAAAUUUUCAACAUAAGUUAGAACUACGCUUGUCUCAAAUCAAGCAUCUGAAAAACUAUUUUAAAAUUUCAAAAUUUGACGAUAUUCACAAAAGUGAAUAAUCAAUCAAGCAAAAAUAAUAUUCUACAAUGCUCUUAUGGUUAGAUUUACCUAUAUAAUUAUAUUUAAGAUUUCUAUAUUUGU